CCGCCGGGGCCUGGGACCCGGAUGGCCGUUUAGUCGGUGCUUAGACGCCGAGGCUGCCACAUCGGGCCUUGGACAAAUUACAAAGCAAGGGGGAGGGGGGGACAGCGUAAUCCGCCUCCAUCCUCCGCCUAGAUUUCCCUUCCGCCCCCGGGAAGCUCGUAUCCGGAUAGAGCGGACCGAGCCCGAUCAGACGAGUGGCACGUUUCGCAGGGAGCCAGGAGGAACCAUCGUACUCAAUGACCUUACAGCGCAAUGUCAGAUCGUUUGGGGCAAACAGCAAAGGGGAAGGAUGGAAAAAAGUAUUCGUCACUCAACUUGUUUGAUACAUACAAGGGCAAAUCCUUAGAAACACAGAAACCCACAGUUACUCCCCGCCAUGGCUUGCAGAGUCUCGGUAAAGUUGCCAUUGCCCGGCGCAUGCCACCCCCUGCAAACCUGCCAAGCUUAAAAGCGGAGAACAAAGGCAAUGACCCCAACGUCUCACUAGUGCCGAAAGACGGGACAGGAUGGGCAAGCAAGCAGGAACAGCCAGACCCAAAGAGUACCGAUGCCUCGACAGCUCAGCCGCCGGAAUCGCAGUCGCCGCCGGCUUCACAGACGUCUGCCUCAAACCCACCGAAACGACCCCCAACAGCCCCCGAGAAUCCCCCUACAGUAGCAAGCGGGGCAAAGUCCUGGGCGCAGGCCAGCGUUACCCAUGGAGCGCAAGGAGAUGGUGGAAAGGGAUCAAGCCUACUGUCGCGAUUCUCUCGCGAGGAAUUUCCGACCCUGCAGGCGGCUGGCGACCAGGACAAAGCUGGCAAAGAAAAGGACACUACCGAUGCGUCGUAUGGGCCCGGACCAAACCUCCGCCCCCAGAACGCUACCAGUUGGCGGGACGGAGGUGGGCGGGGCACUGACGGGGAGCUGGUGCCCGAGGACGGACGGGCUGGAGUUGGCCUGCAGCCCAACAUCCCGCCUCAGUUCCCUCCCUACCGGGGGAUGAUGCCGCCAUUUAUGUAUCCCCCGUACCUCCCGUUCCCGCCUCCAUAUGGGCCGCAGGGACCUUACCGCUACCCCACACCAGAGGCGCAGAGGUUCCAGCGGCUUCCAGGACCCCGCCCUUCGCAGCCUGCAGCACGCGUGUCAGAGCCUGUGAGCCGGCCCCCCGUCCUCAAGCAGGAUGACCUGAAAGAAUUUGAUGAGCUGGACCAGGAGAAUGAUGAAGGCUGGGCAGGAGCCCACGAAGAAGUGGACUACACUGAGAAGCUGAAAUUCAGCGAUGAGGAGGACGGGAAAGAGUCUGAUGAAGAAACCACUGAGAACCGCAAUGAUGAGGCUUCCGGCCCGGAAAGCCAGUCGUCGGGCACAGACACCAAGAAGGCUGGAACUCCAAAAGAGGAUCAACCCCUCGUCAAAGCAGCCUGGGCCGAAAACGCACGUCCCCCAGAAGGUGGCAAAGAACCGCCGCCACCUGCUGCUGCAGUCCGGGCACCGCCACCUCCGCCGCCACCACCCCCCAACCGGGGCAACUGGGGGCAACCCAAUGACUUCCCGGACCGCUCACUGCGGCCGCUCCCCCCAGAAGACGAGGACGAAGCUUGGCGCCAGCGGCGGAAGCAGUCCUCCUCAGAGAUCUCUGCCGCAGUGGAGCGGGCCAGACGCCGGCGGGAAGAGGAGGAGCGGCGCAUGCAAGAGGAGCGGCGGGCGGCUUGCGCCGAGAAGCUCAAGCGCCUGGAUGAGAAGUUUGGAGCUCCCGACAAGCGCUUGAAGCCCGAGCCUCCCAAGGAGCCGCCGCCUCCCGUCAUUGUGGCUGCUCCUCCUCCCCCUCCCCCUCCAGCUCCCACCCCUGUGCCCCCCAACCCGCCGGCUGCCCCAGUCACCCCCGAGGAGAAGAGGGAGAAAGAGGAGCCCGUGCUGGCCAGCAAACCUCACAGUGCUGUCGCGAGCAGCAGCGGCAGGAGCAGCUUGGACUCCUCCAGCGCUGCUGAGCCCGCUGUGGCUCCGCCUCCCAAGGAAGUCCCCGAAGUGCGGGAAGAGCCACCCACGUUGCCUGGUCCUGCUCUCCCAGCCGCUCCCGCCCCAGCCAAGGUGGAGCCCAAAGCCGAGACGGUCCUUCAGGCCCGCCAGCCGCCUCCGGCUCAGACCCUCAGCUAUUCCAAGUACCAGAAGUCAUUGCCUCCACGAUUCCAGCGGCAGCAGCAGGAGCAGUUACUGAAGCAGCAGCAGCAAUGGCAGCAGCAGCAGCAGCAGCAGCAGCAGCAACAACACAGCCAAGUCCAGUCCCCAAUGGCUUCCUCUUCCCAGCAGCAGGCAACAGGGGCUCCUCUGGCUGCCAUGGGCCCCUCAGCCAGCGUCCAUGCUCAGCCUGGGCCGGCAGGGCAGCAGCAACCCCCAGCCCCGCCUCCAGCACAGCAGGCCCCGCCCAAAGGCAUGUACCCCGGCUCCAUUGGAAGGCCGCCCCCCAUGCCGCAGAUGAACUUUGAUCCUCGCUGGAUGAUGAUUCCGCCUUACAUGGACCCACGUGUGAUGCAAGGGCGGCCCCCCAUAGACUUCUACCCCCCUGGGGUCCAUCCUUCCGGUCUCCUGCCCCGUGAGCGAUCAGACAGCGGGGGCUCCAGUUCAGAGCAGUUUGAACGCCAUCCUUCGAUCCUCCGAGAGCGUGGCACUCCGCCGGUUGAUCCCAAGCUGGCCUGGGCUGGAGAUGUCUUCACCAAUGCCCCUUCCGGUGCAGACUCGAGGUCUCAAACGGCAUCCCUUCGGCAGCAGGAAGAGGAAGAGAAGGGCUUACGGAGCGAGACCCCUCCGGUUCGCCUGCGUGAGGCCAUCACUCCCCAGCCCUACAUGGGGAACUACCAGGGUUUCUCCGAAAACGGCAACCCUGCCUCAAUGCACCGCUUCCCAGUGGAUGAGCCACCGCGAGCGGGUCCCCCUUGGCAGGCCACCAUGGCUCUGACGGCACCCGCAGAGGUGAGCAGAAACGGGCGCCCUGAGCCGCCGGUCCAGCUGCCCCGCAAGAGCGAGGAGGAGCCCCAGUUGCUGCACCCCCCAGAAGAGAUCAAGACGGUUGAGCCUCCCGUCAUUCGACCAGUGGUGGCUAAGAAGCCUCCCUCGGAGCAGCCCAAGGAGGAGCCUCUGGUCAAAGAGGAGGUCCUGCGACGGAUGGAGAAGCCCCCGCGGCAACAGCACGAAUUCCACAAGCAGCCGCGGCGAGAGUCCAAGACGGAGACGCGCUGGGGGCCCCGUCCCGGCAGCAGCCGGAGGAUCGAGGAGGUUUCCGGGGACAAGGCCCCGCGGCGAGCCGGGCCCAUCAAGAAGCCGCCGCCUCCCCCUAAGGAGGCAAAAGACGAAAGCGAGGAGAUGCGCUCUGCUGGGAAGGCCAAAGAGGGGGCCGAGGCGGCGGGCAGCAAACCCGAGCUCCCUAAAGAGCCUCCGAAAGCAGGCAAGGAGAACAAGGCCAAGCCGGUGGUGAAUGGCGGAACUGUGGUGCCACCCAAAGAGCAGCAGCACACUGGCACACUGUCGCCAAGCCGCCGGCGCCGGGAGCCCCCCUACGAGCGUGGCGGCUACGCCGGCCGGGGGCGGGCCAGGGGCCGAGGAGAGUACUUUGCCCGAGGGCGAGGUUUCCGGGGUGCCUAUAGCGGGCGCGGGAGAGGGGGGCGCGGGAGAAGCCGGGAGUUCCGCAGCUACCGCGAACCCUUCUACCGGCUGGAUGACGGCGUGGGCAAGGCGGCGGGGCCAGGCUCCACCUUCCGCCCGCGCAACGCCAGCGAGACACGCAGCGAAGGCUCGGAGUACGAAGAGAUCCCCAAGCGGCGGCGCCAGCGGGGCUCCGAGACGGGCAGCGAGACGCACGAGAGCGCCAGCGACGUGGCCCACUCGGACAAGGAGGUGACCAAGGAGCCGGGCCCCAGCCAUCGCAGCCGGGCCCCUCCUGUGACUUCUGCCAUGGCCCCCUCCUCCCAGCACCCUGGCUUGCCUCGCUUUGCCGACAAGCUGCCUCCGCGCCUCUCGGACCCUGGCACCCGUGGCGGGCGUGUCUUCACCCCUCGCGGCGUUCCCUCACGCCGGGGCCGAGGUGGUGGCCGGGCGCCCCCUGGGGGGUGGAGCCCUCCUUCCAAGCCCCAGCCCAAUAAGAAGCCCGAGAAGCAGCAGGAGGCGGUUCUGGAGCCCUCGGGCAAAGAGAAGGCGCCGUCAGGCCCUCCGGCAAUGGCCCCAGAAGAAUCCGGUGGUUUCCAGGCCCCCUUAAAGCAGCAGCCACCUCCGCCACCUCUUGGCCCUGGCUCCGACCGUGGCUUUGACCGGCCCCCCCGCCGCCGGCGCCACGGGCGUUCGCAGCAGCAGGACAAGCCGCCCCGGUUCCGGAGGCUGAAGCAGGAGCGCGAGAACGCGGCCCGACUCAACGGCGAGCAGAGGGCCGGCCAACCGUUCUCCCCGGCCCCUGCCGCCCCGCUCCCCGAGGAAUCGGCUGCCCGGCGCGUGGCUGGCACAAAAUCUCCCGACUUGUCCAACCAGAACUCGGACCAGGCGAAUGAGGAGUGGGAGACGGCUUCGGAGAGCAGCGACUUCACGGAGCGCCGGGGCGGCGGGGAGAAGGAACCUGCUCCUGGCGGGCCUCCCCCCACUGCCUUCCUCAAAGGUGGCUGCUCUGGGGCCCCUUCGGUGGGCGGACGGCCCUCCAACAACGAGCUCAGCUUAGCCCAGAGGAAGGAGAUGUCCAAACGCAGCUUCUCCAGCCAGAGGCCUGGCAUGGACCGGCAGAACCGACGCUCCAACCCCGGCCCAGGAGGAGGAGGCAAGGCUGGCCGCGGAGGGAGUGGUGGCGGGCGUAGCGGAGGGGACAAGAGGAGCUGGCCCUCUCCCAAGAAUCGCAGCCGGAACACCGAUGACCACUCUCCGGGCCUGAGCCUUCCCCCAGCACCCACCACCAGCACAGUGUAUCGUUUGGACCGCGUCAUCCACAGCGACCCAGCUGGCAUCCAGCAGGCUCUGGCUGAACUGGGCAGCCGCCACACAAAGCCAGCCUCCCCUGGCCCUGCCCAGCCUCCCUUCCUGGGGCCUGGAGGCAGCAACUCCUCUGCCCUCCCACUGCGACGCUUCGAGAGUAGGAACAGUGGCAGCGCAGACUCUUGCUUCCUGGACAAGAACCAGCUGCUUCUCUCCAGCAGUGCCCCAGUGAAGGAGUCCGGUGCAUUGGGUGGCUUUUCUGCAAAGCGCCGGGAAAGGCCCCGGAAGCAAGACCUGCUCCAGCAGGACCCCAUUCCCUUCCCCAGUGGCCCUGGCUUCUCGGCCCCCAAAGAGGAGACCCCUGGCGAACCUCGUAGCAGGAGCGUUCCAGUGUCCGAGGGGCUCGCCCCACAGAUCUGGAACCAGCUGAAUUCCAACUCCUCCCGAAAGAGCUACCGCCCUGCCUCUGUGGAGCCCUGGAUCGACCCUCUGAAUGCCUUUGAAGAGGUUGCUAGUACGGAGAUGAGCCUGUCUGACAGCGGGGUGGACCUCAGCAGCGACUCACAGGUCUCCUCGGCCACCUGCAGUCAGCGCAGCUCUCCCGACGGGGGUCUGAAGGCCACACCAGAUGCUGGGGCCAAGCGCAGCGGAGCCAUCGGCAAAAGCACCGAGGAUGCAGCCGCUGCCGCUUCAGCUGGACCGGAGGGAGCAGAGCCUAAAGAGCAGAGGAGGCGGCCCCCGCCAGCCAGAGACUCCAGUCUGCUGAAGGAGAAGAAGGUGAGCAGCUCCCCUGAGCCGCUGCCCCGGGACCACCCUCCCCCUGGUGCUAUUGGCACAGAGCGUUCCCAGCGAGUGGAGAAAGCAAAAGACAACAGCGCAGAGGGUCUGGGUGCGAUGACGUCCGAGCCAAACCCCCAGCUCGAGUCCCCCGGGGCCUGCCCACCCAUCCAGUUUGGCGCUAGCGACAAGGAUGCUGACCUUCGCUUCAUGGUGAACGAAGGGCCGAAGCCAGACAAAGAAGAGCUGCACCAGGGACUUGCCGAGGGGAAAGGAAGCCUAGAGCCUUGGUUGCCUCCAAUGACUCCCCUACCUCCUCCCUCUCCGCAGCUGACCUCGGCCCCCAGGGAGUGGGAGCUGCUUCCGCCGGCCCCUCCCAGCCACCGAGCUUCCCCCGAGGCGCCUCCUGGUCGCGGCUGCGAGGCCCGGCCAUUCCCCGUAGCCCCAGCAUCUUGCCUGCACGGCCUCCCAGCAGACACUUCCGUGUUCUCAGCAGGUGAGAGGGGCCAGGGUCAGCGGCUGUACCCGGAGCUGUUUUACGGGAACCAGGUCCAAACUGCCCAGCUGGAGUCCCAGCUUCAUGGCGCGAGCGGGGGCAGCAGCUACCGACCGAGCACCCCUUCUCUGCACACCUACAGGUCCCAGCACCUGUACCUCCAGCCCAGCCCAGCGCCCACUUCUCCUGCUCAGACGGCCGGGGGCGCUGUCUUGCCCAGCUCCGCCUUGCUUUCGGGGGUGGCCCUCAAGGGGCAGUACGUGGAGAUAUCGGCCCUGCAGGCAGCGGAGCUUCCCAAGCUGCCAGCCACAGGCCUGCUGUACCAGGCUCCCCCUCCUUCCUUCAUCUACAGCUCAGCCUUCUGCAGCAGCCAGCUGGCUCCAGAGCAAGCCCUGCUUCAGGUGCGCCAAGAACUUGCAUCCCCCUCCGAGUUCUACCCAGCCGCCCUGGGGCAAGGCAGCCAGAGCAACUUCCUGACUGCUCCAGGCCCUGGCCAGCAGGUCCUGUUGCCCGUGGUGGAGCCGCCCCAGUUGCCCCCCGUGGUGAACUUUGGCUCCUUGCAGCAAGCGCCACCUUCUGCCCCUGCCCCUCCACAGCCGCCGCCUCCCCCCAUGCCCCUGGUGUCCGUGGCCACCCAGGCUCUGCGGGCGCCCGGGCAGCUAGCCGGGCGCCUCGUCUCUCCAGCCGUGCGAGCCUUUCCUCACGGCGGAGUGGGCCGUAGCGAGCUCCACGCUCUGGAAAUGAAGCCGCUACAAGAUUACAGGAAACUCAAUGGCCUGGGGUCUCCAGGGGCCCGGCCCCCCUCUGGGGGCAGUAAGUGUCGGAAGAUGGUUCCUGGGCAGCGAGAGAGAAGUGAAAUGGCCCCUUUGGCUGCCUCGUCACGGAGACUUUUCCUCUCCCUCAGGCCUUUCACUGGAGGCUUUGGUGCCAGGCUGAAGUCCCCUGGUUCUGCCUACGGUGGUAUCUUCCGUGCCCAGCGCUUUGAGGUCUACCAGCAGUCGGACGUCCUGCGCUGGAACCCCCGCUCUUGGGAGCGAGCCGCUCCACCGCGUGACGGCACGCCAGCCCGCCGCCUUGAGCCAGACGUGCGCUCCCACACUGACAAGCAAGACCCCAGUCUCUCCGGCCACCACUAGCCCAGGAUGCUGAUCCCUCCCCUUUUCGAUUCUGUUAACUUCCUCCCCCCUCUCCUCCCCAAGAUCGCGGGAGGGCUGUUUGCAGGGGUUUGUUCCUCUCCCCCCCCCUUUUGGUGUAUCCUGAAUACGGGGUGUCUCCUUAAACUCCUUUUCUGUUUGUAUGGGGGGGUGACACUGGAAUUUGCCCCUUGGAGUAGGGGUGUUAGACACUUAGUGGGUGCUCAGAGUGUAAUUUGGGAGGGGGGCAAGGAUCAGGAUUUUGGGAGGCUCCCUGCUGAAUGUAUUUUUGCUUAUUUCCUUUGGUUUCACCUGAGUUUAUUUUUCUGGUAGGGGGCUCUUUUGCCCUUUGAUCUGAGGGGGGAGCAGCUCUGAGGUUUGGAGUGUAAAUAUAUAUAAAUAUGAACGUGUCGGGGGGGUCUCUCCUCUUCCCUCUUCUAUUUAUGGGGGCGGGGGGAGGUGAGACUGGGAGCCUGUCUCCUCUCCUAUUUGCUCCCCCGAGUUUGAAAUAGGAAGCAUUGAGUUUUUAAAAAGGUGGUCGAGCUGGUUUGUUUAAUAAAUAAAACCAAAAAAGUUGUUUAAAAAAACCAAUAAAAUAAAAAGUCAGACUGUG